GGGAGCCCAGCGCCGGCUCCCGCCCAGCGUCCCGGGGCCGCCGCCGCCGCCCGCGCUCAGCGCCCGCCACACGGCCGCCCCAUGGGGUUUUUGCCUUGGUGAAGGUAUAUUGGACAGCUGUUGACUUGAAAGCUGCUUUUAGGAUGUCUGAAGAUGAGGAAAAAGUUAAACUCCGCCGAAUCGAACCUGCAAUUCAGAAAUUCAUUAAAGUGGCAAUUCCAACAGAUUUGGAAAGGUUAAGAAAACACCAAAUAAAUAUUGAGAAGUAUCAGAGAUGCAGGCUCUGGGACAGACUGCACGAAGAGCACAUCAACGCAGGACGAACGGUUCAGCAGCUCCGUGCCAACAUGCGAGAGAUGGAGAAGUUGUGUUUGCGAGUGCGGCAGGAAGACAUCCCAGUUCUGCAGAGAAUGAUAAAUCCCAUUAAAGAGGAAGCUUCAGUUGCCAUUAAGGACUUCCUGCAGCUGCAUUCUGAAUCUGCAGAAGAACUUAAAAGGCAACUCAAAGGACAGGAGGAUGCCUCUUUAACCAGAUCUGCAACUCUAGGAGAAGAAACUUUAUAUAACACAGAAGUAAAGGAUGGCUCCCAAAGUUUGAUCCAGAUCUACUCCCGCCUUCCGGAAAUACCUCAGGAAGAAAAUGCAGCUGAGUCCUGGGAAAGUUUAGAAGGGGACUUGGUUGAGCUCAGCCAGUUGGUGACUGAGUUUUCUCUCUUAGUCUGUUCCCAGCAGGAGAAGAUUGACAGGAUUGAAGAACAUGUCAACAGUGCUGCUGCGAAUGUUGAAGAGGGAACCAAAAACUUGGGGAAGGCUGCAAAAUACAAGCUGGCAGCUCUGCCUGUGGCAGGUGCAGUCAUUGGUGGAGUGGUGGGGGGUCCUAUUGGUCUCCUUGCAGGCUUCAAAGUAGCAGGAAUUGCAGCUGCACUUGGUGGUGGGAUUUUGGGCUUCACAGGUGGAAAAUUGAUACAAAGAAAAAAACAAAAAAUGAUAGAGCAGGUCUCUUCCAGCUGUCCAGAGCUUUCUCACCAAAGUGCCAAAAAAUCCAGCUGAAGUAUAGAUUCAUUAUGGCCAGGAAUAACAGUGUAGUAGCUGAGCUAAUGACAGACUUGCAGCCUUACGCUUUAUAUACAAGGCUGAGUUGUGUGAAUUUUCAUGACAGUUCUGCUCCUUGGGAGGGCUGAAAAAGUCGUGUCAGAAUUUCUCUUUUCAGACACGGUGACAUCAGUCUUUUGAAAAUUAUAUGGAUAACUUUUAAUUACAUAAUUCUUAGGUAAGCUAUAUUCAUAGCUGUAAUAGUGGGUGACAGGUGCCUUUCCCAUGAAUGCCAUGAGAAGCUGGAGCUUUUAUUGUAGUGCUCCAAAGAAAAGGAAAUAAAUGCCAUCAUUCUUUCACACUCAUAGUAUUUUAAAUUUACCUUAAUUUAUCUGGAUUCACAAACUCUUCCAGUUACUCCCCAGGAUAUGACUGACUAUGCCUGUUUAAUAAUACACAGGGAAGCACGUGCUGUUGUAAGAAAAGGUGAGAAUGUGAUUGAGCAAAGUGGAAAAAAGUUAUGUAUUUAUCACAUCAGCACUGGAAGCAGCUUCUCCCCUUUCCAGGCAAGGCAGUUGAUUUGUAAACUCCCCACCUGGCUCAAAGUGGAAUUGUGAAUUGAACAAUCUAAGCAGCAACCCUGCAGCACUGCUACUGGAGGGUAAUAAUUUUCCAUAGCUGUUGAGCUCCUUGGCUUGUGCUGAGAACACUCUACAGGAUGAAGAGCCAAGCUCUGGCAUUCUGCACCUGAAGCCUCCCACGUGGAAGCAGCACUUAGUGCAGGAUGUUGCCUUUGCUUCUCCUGGCGCCCAGAGCGCCCUGGUGGGAGAGCUGAACAGCUUCCCUGGAGGGCAGUGCUGCAGCCAGGCCCGCUCCCCCCACGGGCUGCUGUGAGGCCCAGGCCGGCAGAGGAGCAGUGAGGGAGGUCCCUUCACACCGGCAGUGCCAGCUGGCAGCCCCAGAGGUGGGGACAGGGCUGGAAAUGUGAACCUGAUAGAGCUUCUGGCAUAAACCACGCCUGUUUGGGCAGCUGCACUCUUGCAUUGCUCUCUGGUGCCAAAACUUCUGCUUCCACCCACACUGCAGUGUAGCUGCUCAGCCUCUUCAAGAUUUUGGGACAUGCUGUGGAGCCUGUAUGGGGUGAGAUGCUGGCAGUGCUUUUGCUUGCUGUUUAUAGUGGACACCUGUUAUCUGACCCUCCUUAAGAAGCCUUUUGCUUCUGGGGCUUUGAUUGUUAAAUGCAAAAGUGUCAAUGUGUCGUUAUUGUUAUAUAAUUGUACAAUUGUCACAUAAUUUACUGUUCUGAACAUGGUCCUACCUCCACCCUUUCAGGACACUUCCCACACUAUUGCUGCUACUGUUUGGGGGAAGAGAGAUUGAGGUUGGGAAGCCGCUUUUUGAAGUUUUUAGAUUGGUCAAUUCAUCCUGAGCUCUGCUUGAGUUGUUUCCUUAGGUGCACAGUGAAGUCAGUAUUGAGAUAAGGCUCCCUAGCAGGGAACACGGUCCAGGGAAGUGUACUAUAGCAAGAGCUCCCUUUCAAUAACCAGUACUUUGAUAUCAUCACUGGAAAUCACUGUCUGCUAAUGACAGAUGAUGGGGUUUUGUGCCUAGAGACAUUGUAAGCAACUGUUAGUUACAGCACAAAUAACUUCUUCUAAGCAGUGCUUCCUUAUUACUUUUAAAAUACUGAAAUUGCUAUCAGCCAGAGCAUUAUGUCUAUUUUAAGUAGGUCUGAGAUUCAGGGAAACAACGUGUGCAAGAAUAGUUUUCACAAGUAAUUGCAGACAUUGUCAAAACUGCAUGUGUUAAAGCCUCAGUGCCUGCACUGGUAAACUCAGCUGGAGUGCAAAACAUGACCUGAGUAAUUCAGCUCAUUUGCUUCUGACAGGCAAAAAGCCCUUUCCUUUCAAUGCAUCUACUUCUGAUGUAAACACAGUUAAUGAGCUUGUAACAACUUCAUAGUAAGGCUGUUCAUUCCUUUGAUAUUUAUUUUCUACAUUUAAAGGAAGACACUAAGAAAAAAAGUGUUCUUAAUCAGAAACUGGUUGAUUUUUUGUAUGAUCUUCAAAUGUGCUCUCUGCUUUCCUGCUGUAUGCUGUGAAACCUCGUGCAUUUAAAUGACAACAGCCACAUCAGUGAUGUUGUGGACUCUGUCCUCUCCCCCCAAACUGGAAUAAUGCCAGGACAAUCUAAAUUCAUAAUACUGAAUUCCUGCCCCAGCUUAUACAAAUUCAGCUUGGUGUGCACUCAUUUUAUGAAAUGUCUACUACAGAAACUAUUCUUCCCCCUCGCAUCCUUGUGGAAGCAAUUUGAAAUCAUUGUGUACACACUACAUGUGGGAGACUGUUAUUUAAGCUAUGAUAUUUUAAAAUAGGUGGAUUAUUUACAUAUGCAAAGAAACAUCACCAUGUGAGUAACCAAACUAGCAAUUAAAUUGCUAGGCAUGUUACUCAGAAUAAUUAUAAGAUAUAAAUAAUUGUUUCAGAUGAAAUAAAAGUUUUUGCCUAUGAGA